AAGGGGUUUGGGAGACGCAGCAGCCGUAAAGGAGACUCCACACACACUGUCGUCUGGAAGGAAUUAGACAGCUGAGGCAGCCGCAGAGAGACAGACUUCUGGCCACUUCUCUGCGCCCUGUCUCACCUGGUUGCUUAGAGGGGAACUUUAGAAACAAUUACACAUCUCAAAAUGUCAAUAAUUUAAUCAAUCCUUUUUUUCCCCUCUCCUCACAUUUUUAGCCUGAAUGAUGCAGCCAGAGGUGAUGCCUUUUCGUCUUAUGGUAAAGAUGACUGAAAGUGCCAGAAGUUGAUGGAGAAGAAUAUUUAUCAUUUCCACAGAGUCUACAUUUUAUUUAUACUUUUUUACGUGAACGAUGCCAAAGUUGACUGACGUGACGCGUGCGUCCUCACACCUGAGAUGCUGAACUCCAGAGAAGACCAAGAACAAACUUAGAGGACGACUUUUUUUUUCUUUUGAAUGAAUGAGGAUCGUCUUGAGUGGAUUCAUGAGACUCACCACUGCUCCACAAGUGUCCCUUAAAACUGUGUCAAGACUUUCUCUCCGGGUGGAGCGGCACCAGAGCCGUCGUAGCUGACCGCAUCUUCACUCCAGGGACUGACCACAGGACAACAGCUGCUUCAAGAUGAAGUGUCAGAGAAUCCUCACCUACCUGAGGAUAUUCGGAACCACCAUGUUUGGCAUUUCCCUUCUGGUAGGCAUCUCCACGGCCUACAUCAUGGGCUACCAGUUCUUCACCACGGCCAACAAUCACCUGUCCUUUGGCCUGUAUGGAGCCAUCCUCGUUGUCCACCUCAUCAUCCAGAGCCUCUUUGCGCUGCUGGAACACAGAAACAUGAGAAGAUCCUUAGAGACUCCCAUCAAACUCAAUAAAUCCUUGGCCUUGUGCAUUGCGGCGUAUCAGGAGGACCCAAACUACCUGAGGAAGUGCCUGGUGUCGGUGAAGAGGCUGACGUACCCGGGCAUCAAAGUGAUCAUGGUGAUUGAUGGGAACUCAAACGAUGACCUUUACAUGAUGGAGAUUUUUAAAGAGGUGAUGGGAUGGGACAAGGCUGCCACCUACAUUUGGAAGAGUAACUACCACAGCAGGGGGCCCGAGGAGACGGACGAGACCUAUGCCGAGAGCCUUCAGCAGGUCUCCAGGCUGGUGCUGAACAACAAGUGUAUCUGCAUCAUGCAGAAGUGGGGAGGAAAGAGAGAAGUAAUGUAUACAGCCUUCAAAGCAUUGGGACGGAGCGUGGACUAUGUUCAGGUGUGUGACUCUGACACCAUGCUGGACCCAGCAUCAUCAGUUGAGAUGGUGAAGGUAUUAGAGGAGGACCCAAUGGUUGGAGGUGUUGGAGGAGAUGUCCAGAUCCUGAACAAAUACGAGUCGUGGAUCUCCUUCUUGAGCAGCGUGCGAUACUGGAUGGCCUUCAACAUUGAACGGGCCUGCCAGUCCUACUUUGGCUGUGUACAGUGCAUCAGUGGGCCUUUGGGAAUGUACCGCAACUCACUCCUGCAUGAGUUCGUUGAAGAUUGGUACAACCAGACAUUCAUGGGAUCCCACUGCAGUUUCGGGGAUGACCGCCAUCUCACAAACAGAGUCCUGAGCCUGGGGUAUGCCACCAAAUAUACAGCCAGAUCAAAGUGUCUCACAGAAACACCAAUCACGUACUUACGGUGGCUGAACCAACAGACUCGAUGGAGUAAGUCAUACUUCAGAGAAUGGCUUUAUAACUCAAUGUGGUUCCACAAGCACCAUUUGUGGAUGACUUAUGAGGCUGUGAUCACGGGCUUCUUCCCCUUCUUUCUCAUCGCCACUGCCAUCCAGCUCUUCUACCAAGGAAGGCUCUGGAAUAUUCUCUUAUUUCUGCUCAUAGUGCAGGCAGUUGCACUGAUCAAGUCGUCAUUCGCCAGCUGCCUGAGAGGUAACAUUGUCAUGGUGUUCAUGUCGUUCUAUUCAGUACUGUACAUGUCGAGCCUGUUGCCUGCCAAAAUGUUUGCAAUAGCCACAAUCAACAAGUCUGGAUGGGGGACCUCUGGGAGGAAAACAAUCGUGGUGAACUUCAUUGGCCUAAUUCCAAUUUCCAUUUGGUUUUCCAUCCUCUUCUUCGGGAUUAUCUACACAGUAAUCCUGCAGGCUAAAAAACCCUUUCCCGAUUCAGAAAAGAUCAUUCUGGUUGUAGGGGCAGUUGUCUAUGCCAGUUACUGGGUCGUACUGUUGACGUUGUAUGCAGUGCUCAUCAAUAAGUGUGGCAAGAGGAAAAAGGAAACCCACUACGAUAUGGUGCUGGACGUAUGACUUACGGUCAUUGUUUACCACUGAACUCUCCAUUUCUGGGUUAUUUUCACAGACACUGUGUUUAUGCGACGCAAAUGUUUUUCAGAUGCAGAGCAGCUCUGGAGGCAAAAUUGUUUGAGUUUAACCAAAAUGGGGGAAAAGAAACAUGAUUUAUUCAAACUUGAAAAUAGCAGAAAUAUUGACAGCAAUGGCUGCCGUCAUUGUCCAUUUACUAUUCAUGUUGGAAAAUCCGAACACUUUGUACUGGGUAACCAGUGUCGUCCUUCACAUACAUCCACAGUCUGACGAUUUCAUUCUAUUUUUGUUACAUUUACACCAACUCUGUAAGGGUUUCCUCUCUGGUCGACACCUCAUCUCACCAAAUUUGGCACAUAUCAGCUGUAGAGUUUAUCAAAGAGUCUUCCGGCUGACAGUAAAACUAACAAACCUUUAAAACCGAAGGUGUAAAAACACACCUUUCCUGAUAUGUUCAUCUGAAUAUCACCUAGCAUAUGGAUAAAACCUACAUAACUGUACCAAGAACACACACAUAGCAGUUGGCAGCAAGAGCCCGCAAGGCUCUGAAUAUUAGCUACCUCUUAACCAUUGUCAUUUUCACUGGGAUUCAGUUGAACAUUACCAACUAAGCCAAGGAAACGGUGGACUUUUGGCUCGCCUAUUGUGGUUGAACUUGAUGGAUAAGAGUAUUUUACCUCCAGAGCAUUGUUGUGUCUUCAAAAAAUAUUUGUCCAGCCUAACUAAUAGCCAGUUUUGCCAAUGAAAAACUGCAAAAUCACUUCGGCAUCAGGAACUGUAGAGGUAAACAGUAUUACAAACCGAUGUAAUGUACUUUGGAUUGUGUUUGUGAAACUAAAAGGCCAUUACUGCAACAAGAAAUAAACAAAACAUCAAAGGUACAACAGCACCUGUUAUUACCUUUUCUGAGAGAUGUUCUGUAAGAAUCCAAAUCUGCAGGAAAGGUUUAUAGAUGGAGAGCUGCUCUCUUUUGUUGCACUCAUGUCAUACGGAUAACACACAAACUUUGUCCUUGCAUUUUGUAAAUGUAUUUAUAAUCCAUCCAUUGCAGCAGGGCACCGUUUAACUUUAAAUGACUGUAACUGCCAGAUGUCUGUGUUUGUGGGUGACAUGAGAAAAUAGUCAAACUGCAUCACCCUUGUUUCCGUAUGUAUUUUGAAUGUGAAACGGUGUGGUAGUUCCUCAGAAAUUAUCCAGUCGUGGUAAUAAAUGGCUAUAUCAUAUGUUGUAAUGCUUGAAUGUGGGGAAACGUCCAGGUCAUUCCUUGGAUUUUUGUUUUUGUUUAUAUCCCCAUAUGACAUGAAUGCAGAUUGUUUUUGUUUUGUUUUAUUUUUCAGCGUUUACAAAGUGAAGAAUCUCAAACUGAUCACCGGUUGUUAGAUAUAAUCUCCACCAGAUCAGGUGACCAGGCAAACAUGUGACCAGAGGGGAGACAUACGAUUGCUGCUGUGACUUUUUUUUUUUCAGAAUCCAUGAGUUUUUUUACACUCCUGUUUUUAAAAUAUGAAUGAUAGGUGUAUUUCGCAAUUAUUUUUAGUAUAUUUUUUUCCGAGCUGAUUUGACAACACCAAGCAGACAGUUUUUUCAUAUGUCCUUGCUCUUUUCCUUCGUUCACAUACUGUAUAAACUGCUUCCUGGCACUGUGUCCAAUGACCUGCAGGAGAAGCAGUAAAUGUGAGAAGAGAAAAACUAAAUGUACCUGAUUUCAGUACUACCCAAUAAUAGGAAUGUGAAUGGGGCACUUUAUGGGAGGUGUAACCAUCAGUCUGGAAUCGAACAUGUUCAGCGUUUCCUAUAGAGCAAAGAUCAACAUGAGUUUAAUUCUUAUGCACUUUUAUGUCUCUCCUGUCAUCCGGUGUGACACUUGACGUAAUCAAGAUGAAAUACCUCAGUGGUUGUCUUUGCAUUGCAUCAAGGCAUCAGGAUGCUGUCUAAAGACUGAUGCAUUCUGAACACGUCAAGUAAUUUAUGAUCUGUUUGUAAUGUUAAAUAUAAAAGUGUCCUUUUUUGUAUGCAUUUCUAAUUAAGUCAAAGCUGGAUCUCUCUGCCAUAUUGGCCCUUUGCUGUAGCCAUUUACUUAUUGUUACCUUGUAUUUCAUUGCAUUUUUAUAUAAACAGACAUGGUAUUCUAUUUUUGCUUAUAACAGCCAAAGAUUCUUUAUUUUCAGUUAUGUUUUUUUGUAAGAAAAAAAAGAAAAGUGUAUUUGUUGUUUCUUCCGAUUGUUCUGACAAUGACUUGUAUAUCUUACCAAACAAUGUGAAAUUAUGAGCUGGGGGGUUUGUCUGCAAUACAACAGUAAAAAUGCAUUUUGUAGGGAUAAGUUAUUAAUAUGGAGAGAUGAGAUGAACCUGUGUUUUUGUACCAGCGUAUUUAUGUAAGGACAUUCUGUGGUUUACAGGAUUCUACAAGGAUUCAGUCAUUGUAAAUAAAAUCCCUUCUACGUGUCUACACUGCAAAAAUGGGAAAAUACAUUAUUUUAGAUAAAUAUCUUAUACACCUAGAUCUUUUGGGAUGGAAAGAAUUUGCAGUGUGGCAACUCUAUGGCCAUGGUGCCUCCUGUGUUGAUCUUUAGAUACAAUUAAAAAUACAAUAAAGCCAAAGCAGACUGAAAACCGUGAAAAACAUUUGUACAUAAAUUGCAAAGUUUCUAUUUGUUAAAGUCAUGAAGUGCCUUACGAUGCAGUAACAACCAAAGAACCGGCAACAUUUCCUACAGUAUUCCAGGUUGUAACGAAGGAGACCAACAGUCAAACCAAACUAGUGAAGCCUGACUAGCAAUGUGCAGUGUCAUUCUCAUGAAGCACUUUUGUGUUGUGUUGCCAAAUAAAAACAA